UGCCGCCCUGCUUUCCCCCUCCCGCGUGGCCCGCGCUCCAAGAUGGCGGCGGGCGCGGCGGAGCUGGAGCUGCUGGAGCGGCUGCUGGGGCUGCCGGCCGGGAACAAGUACGGCCUCCAGGGGGAGCGGAAGGUUCCUGUUCUCCAAACCAACAACGGCCCAGGGCUGACAGGGUUGAUGACCAUCGCUGCCCACCUCGUCAGGCAGGCUAAGAAAGACCAGCUGCUCGGGAACACUGCGGAAGAGAAAGCUGUCGUGCAGCAGUGGUUGGAAUACAGAGUGACUCGAGUAAAUGGAGGCUCAAGUAAGGAAGAUACUAGAAUAAUUCUGAAGGAUCUUAACAUGCACCUUGAAGAUAAAGUGUACCUUGCAGGAAACGUUUUUACCUUAGCAGACAUUUUGAUGUACUAUGGAUUGCAUCAGAUCAUGGUGGACCUCACAGUGCAAGAAAAGGAGAAGUACCUUAACGUGUCUCGUUGGUUCAACCACAUUCAGCAUUACCCAGGUGUCCGGCAACAUCUGUCUAAUGUCGUCUUCAUCAAGAACAGAUUAUACACAAAUGCUCAUUAAGGAAAAUCUUAACGUCGUGUUGGAAGGAGGUUUGGGAGUUUAGAAGUUAUACUGUCCAAAGCCACUGGUAGCAAAUGUUGUUUUGUAACCUUCUGUAUGUGAACCAAAACUGUUAAUUCCUCAGAUAAUACAGUUGCAUUGAAUUGCUGUUGUUCAUUCAAGAAUUUGAACUAAAGAAUUGUAUCAUGUAUCUGAUUAAAUGCAGCAAUGGUAGAAAGAUGGAAACUGAGUUUUAAUUCACUAUUUUUUAAAAAAAAAAUUUAAGUUCCUUUAAUUAAACAUUCAAGUGGAAUUACGUGAUCUUUAUAGGAAAUAAUUGGUUAUUUUCCUUCGAUUAUCCACUCUUUUCGCUAUUUAUUGAAUUUUUAUGUACGUCAUCCUGCUUUCUUUUCAUUUUGUUUUCCAUGGAUGUUUACACUAGUUUUGUAAAAGUUAAGAGCUAUAUUGUGUGCCAAGGAUGUGAAAAAGGGAACAUGCAAAUGUUACAAAGUAUUUAUGUGACUGAAUAAAUUAUUUUAAAACUGUA